AUGUCACUUCUGCUCACCGUCACCGCCACGUGUUCCGCGCUGCUGGCCGCCAGAGGAGUGAGCAUCCCCACGACCCAAUCGCUGCUCAACUACGUGCUGCUUGCUGCUGUGUAUGGCGCCGUGCUGCUACACCGCAAGACACCCCUCACUGUGCCGUGGCGUGUGCUCCUGCUCGCGUCUUUCCUCGACGUCGAGGGAAUUACUUUGGUGAGUGCGUGUCUUGUACUCUUAUCGUGCCUGCCGUGUGCCCGCGUUGUGCCCGCCGUGUGCUCAUCUAAUUGGUCGUUGAUCCCUCUCAUCUCCCUCUCAUCUCCCUCUCAUCUCCCUCUCAUCUCCCUCUCAUCUCCCUUUCAUCUCCCUCUCAUCGCUCUCUCAUCUCCCUCUCAUCUCCCUUUCAUCUCCCUCUCAUCGCUCUCUCAUCUCCCUCUCAUCUCCCUUUCAUCUCCCUCUCAUCGCUCUCUCAUCUCCCUCUCAUCAUCUCAUUCGUCUCAUUUUACUUGCAUCUCAGUAUUGCUCGCCUUCCGUUUCACCUCCUUGAAAGUAUGUCUCCCUGCUGGACUGCUGGGCCAUCCUUCUCUCAUUGCCCCUUGCUGCCUCUCAUCUCAUUCCUUCCCUCCCCACGCUGCCCCUCACCCCACCACUCUCCACCCCUCCCUAUCCAGUUGUCCUCGCCUUCCGUUUCACCUCAUUGACGCGAGUCACUCUCCUGGACUGCUGGGCCAUCCCAGCCGCUAUGCUGCUAGCAGCGCUCUGCCUCUCCACGCGCUACCACGCCUCCCAUGUUAUCGGCGCGCUGCUCUGCACGGCGGGCCUCGCCAUGCUGCUGCUGUCUGA